AAUAGUGACGCUCGCCACAGCGCUGUGGUUGUGGCCUCAAACGACACCUCAAACGACACCAUGAAUGACAGCGGGGACAAUAAAAGCGAUGACGUUACUUUGGUACAUCACAAACAUGGAGCUGAAGAGGGUGAGAAGCAUAAACGAAAGAGUUGCAUCAUCAAUGGCAAUGUCGGGGUUCAGAAAAGCUCCAUACAUAUCAUGAGUGGUGGCCGUGUGGAAGGUGGAUCAGUCAUUGUCAACGGAGAUCUGUCCAGGGAAGCGUUCAUGGAGUUGUUCAAACCCAAAUGA